AUCUUGUUUCUGCCCCUCACUCGACUCAAAAAAAGUCACUUGUAAUACACUCAUGUCCAAAGAUAUCCUUGACCCUGCUGCUCUACUCUCUCUCUUUCCUACGUUACUUCCUCCUUCAACGAGAGUCCUUGCGUCGCCUCAGGAUGGUAUUGCUGCGCUCUUGCAUACGGUCCUGUCAGCCCUAUCCUUUCGACUUGUUGGCGUAGACGACUCCGCAACUUCAAGUCCCUACUCGAAUAACGUCCUUCCAGUUGAAUGGAAUAAACACAGUCCUGGAAAUUUCACAUUUCGCUACAAGCAUGAUCAGAGCAGCCUUGAGUUUCUGAUAAAACUAUCCAAGCUUGGAGUACGGAUGGUGAUCAAUGCUAUUGCGCUUGAGAGUGACAAAGCUGCAUCGCUUGAUAUCGCCAUCAAUGACUUUACAUCUGCAUCCUUCUUUCCUCAUGAUGUCGAUGCAUCCGAUGCGCCGCCUCUUGUGCACGGUUUUAUAUCUUCCAAUCGCGUGACCGAUUUAGUUUCUCAACUAAAGCUCAAAGUCAUCCAAGCGCUUGUUCCAGGGCUGAGAAAGGAGGGCUAUACUGAGGUGACUGUAAGCGAGACGGCGUCUUCCGCUCGGAACGAAGCUCCGCGGGCUGCACAACCCCCGCAGAUUCCUCGAUAUAACCCCGACGAAGAGUUUCCUCGCCGCUAUCCCUCGUCCCAGCUACCGCCGCGGAACCCCCUUGAAAUUGGUAGGAGGGACUUGGAUCCAUUCCCAGUGAAUCCUUUUAGUCCGCCUUCCUUAUUUUCUGGCGGAGACGAUGACGGGAUGUUCGUUGGCCCAAACCAUCCUAUUCUAGGCGUUGGAGGGCGAAGUGAAAGGGGGCAACGUGGGCCGUGGGGUGGAGACGGAUUUUUGCCGCCUAUGGGCGCUCCGCCUGGUGCUCGGUUUGACCCUGUGGGCCCGGGUAUUGGGCCCUUCCCUGGCAGAGCAGGCAGAGGUCUCCCCGGUCGCGGUAAUAUGUGGGGCCCUGACAAUGACGAAUUCCCGCCUCCUGGCUCGCGAAACGACAAUAUGUUCAGCUGAAGGGACUGGUGAUUUGUAAUACUAAAUUAAAGAUGUGAUGUGCUAUUAUUUGAGAACUGGUCGGUUGUUCUCAGUACCAGUUCAUUUGUGUAUUUUACUUGUUACAUUACCACAACAAUGCUGUUGCGGCCGGAACCGGGAGAGCUGUGCAGC